CUACGACGCUGAUGCUCAGGCUUGCUGGCAUCCAUUCGCUAUCGCUCGCGGUUCGUCUUUGCUCUGUCGAAAUCAAUCUAUACAGAAGGUCGUCAGCACUCUCACUUCCUAGCCUUCUCACCUCCAUCAGCUUCAAGACGGCGGAAUCGUAUCGCCAGCCCUGCCCUCAUGGACCCAAAACUAAAACGUAUCAUCGAGUUGAUUGAGUCGAAGAAGAAAUCCUCCCACCCGUGGAAACGACAAGAGCGCCAUGACCAACCAUACUACACCUACUCACCCGAGACCACCUCAUGGGAUGCUGUCAUUUCCUCUUCCACUCCUUCGAAGCCCAUGCCAUCAUCUCCUCCGAUCAAAUUCUCCAUCAUGUCCUGGAACAUUGACUUCAUGCUCCCCUUCACCUCCGAGCGCAUGCUCGCGGCGCUGAAACACUUGCACUCCCUCGUCACCUCUAAACCCCAUCCCACCAUCAUCAUGCUCCAAGAAAUGCUCGAGUCCGACCUCCUUCUCAUUCAGUCCCAACCCUGGAUCCGUCAGCAAUACAACCUCACCGACAUUUCCAACGAGCACUGGGAAUCCGGUCACUACGGCACAGUCACACUGACCCCAAUGUCCCUCCCCAUCUCGUCUGUCUUCAGAGUCCACUACGAAGCCACCGUCAUGGAGCGAGAUGCCUUGUUCGUCGACCUAGCUUUUGCCGCUUCUCAAACCAUACGCAUAUGCAACACGCACCUCGAAUCCUUGAUCGCUAACCCGCCCAAACGCCCUGCUCAACUCGCCACAGCCGCGAAAUUUAUGCACGACCCGACCGUCGGUGGCGCCGUGCUUGGUGGCGACCUCAACGCGAUCCAGGAUUUCGACCGUACGCUCCACUCUGAUAACGACCUGUCCGAUGCGUACUUGACUCUCGGCGGCCAAGAGGACAGCGACGAAGGGUACACUUGGGGCCAGAUGGCACCAACCAAGCAACGACAAAUGUUCGGCUGCAGUCGGAUGGACAAGUUAUUCUUCUGCGGCCAGCUUCAAUGCGAGAAGUUUGAACGCUUCGGCCUGGGCGUCAAGGCCGAGGAGAAGCAUGUCCAGGAGAGCCUGAUAAAGGACGAGGGCAUGGAAGAAGGUUGGGUGACUGACCACCUGGGUGUGUCUGCUGAGUUUAGCAUCGUCCCGACACAAGCAGAGCCCAAGAUCUAAAUCCUCCGACCUGGAAAGCCCAGAAGCUAGUACUAUACAGACUGCGGCAUUCAUUGCUGUGGUCUGCCGACACGAAGUUAUGAGAUCUAUGAGAGAGAAGCAGAAGAUCCGUAGUAAUGGUAAGGAA